CACCUUCUAAAAGAUGAGAAAGAUGUACACUUUACAUUUGGAACCUAUCGAGGGGAUGGGAUCGAUAAAGCAGGCCAAGGGAUGGCUUCUUCCAAAUUCUGUCUAAAUAUUGCGGGGGAUACCCCUUCCUCCAAUCGCCUGUUUGAUGCCAUUGCGAGUCAAUGUGUUCCUGUGAUAAUAAGUGAUGGCAUUGAGCUGCCAUUUGAAGAUGUCCUAGACUACUCAGAAUUCGGUGUAUUUGUUCGAGCAUCUGAUGCUGUUAAAAAGGGGUACCUACUGUAUCUUCUUCGUGGAAUUAAGAAAGACCAGUGGACCAUAUUGUGGGAACGAUUAAAGGAAAUUGCUCCACAAUUUGAAUAUCGGUAUCCAUCCCAGCCUGGUGAUGCUGUGGAUAUGGUUUGGGAGGCUGUGUUACGCAAAAAAUCUUCAGUACAAUUUAGACAUCACAGGAAGAACAGAUAUACGAGAUCUGAGGCUUUGCUGAAGAGAAUUUGACAUUAGAAAAUGCUACUUCAAAGCUAAAGAAAUUUCUUGGCCUUGCAUCAUAGUAGAUACAUAUGGUGCUCAGCUGAUUGCCAGUUUUGGGAUCAGAUUUCAAGCUUGUUUUUUUCUGAAUAUCUGUAGGGACGG